AUGGGUCAGUCCACCCCAUGGGUCAGUCCACCCCAUGGGUCAGUCCACCCCAUGGGUCAGUCUGUCCGCCCCAUGGGUCAGUCUGUCCGCCCCAUGGGUCAGUCUGUCCGCCCCAUGGGUCACUCUCCCCCAUGGGUCAGUCCGGCAGACAUGCUUGAAGUGACACAAGACUCGGUUCGCCCCUUCCGUGUCGACCCCUCGGUGGACCACGGCAUAGCGCGGUGCACAAUAGAGGACCUCAAGGGUGGGGACAAGGCACUCAACGCCCAGCUUCUCACAGACGCCUUUGGCGGGCAGCAGGGGGGCAUCGCUGAUGCUCUCGUGCUGAACGCGGGCACGGGGCUGGCAGCGUGUGGGGUGGCAAGGGACGUGGGCGAGGGCAUAGCCAUGGCUCAGGAGGCGCAGCGCAGCGGCAAGGCCCUCCUAGUGCUUGACCAAUGGGCCGCCCUCUCUCAGGUGAUAAUCGCCUGA